AUGUCUGACACGUCUGAAAAACUCCAGGAACAAGUAGUGUUGAAUUUGGUAAUUUAUUGUCAGCCGCCUUAGAUUAUUAAAUUCAAUAUCAUCCAUUAUGAAUCAUUUUGUUACAGGAUUUUGCCGAAGUUGCACAAUCUCAGCAUGAAGCAAUUAGCAGUCAAGUUACAAAUAAUAUAGGUAAUAUGCCAAUAAUUUUUUAUUUUGAUUUCCAAAAUUAUUUUUAAUAUAUUUUACCCCAUAAGUUUUUAUAGUAUUAAUAUUAUCAUAGGAUAUUGGUAGAUAUAUAAUGGUUUGGAACAAAUCUAGUUUAACACUCCUUUUAAAUUUUGUAUUUUCUUUUUCGAAAUCUAUGUAUUUCAAUGUUUUAAAAAUAAUGGUUGAAAAUGUUUAUAGAAAUCAUUAGUAUUGAAGUUUGGAUAUUAUGUGUAUUAUAUUAAUGAUUAAAAAUUCUUACCGGGCAAACAUAUAUAUAUAUAUGUCCAGGCCACUUCAAUUUUUACCAUUUCUUGGUACCAUAUUGAUAGUUGUAUUCUUAAUUCUAAAUUUUUGUUUAGAAAAGUAUAAACACAUACACAUAGACCAUACAUUUGUAGAAACUUUUAUCACCGAAUUCAAAUCCCUUCAAUAUAGUAUCUUCCAUACAUAUUUUUUUUAAAAGGAAAAUAUGUCUACCGUAACACUUAUUAAAAGAUAUUAUUAUAUAAUUUCAAUGGUCAGGAUACAGGAUUUUGAAAUGGAAGGAGAGAGGCUAAGCUAAAACAAAUGUCUUGCAAAAAACAUAGUUUUUACUAUGAUUUUUUUUUUUUAAAUCACCAAAAAGCUUUUAUUGUAACGAUCAAAAUAAAUCUUUAACAAUACAUUAUCAAAGGUGUACAUAAAUACUUGUGAUGUAUUUAUAUACAAAAUAAAAUAAACGUGUGGAAUCUCACUCCCAAUGAAGUGGCCCCGAACUUAGUUUAAGAAUCUUAUACUAAGUCAUAUGGUCUUCAGUGUUUGAGACGCCUAAUGUCUAAAGAGUUGUCUAGUAAUUGUAUUGCUGCUGGAUUGGUUUGUUGAUCCAGUAUUUUCUCAUGUUUGUGGGCAAACUUGGUAAUCUCUUCCUGGACAAAGUUGAUCAUCAUAUCUCGGUAGAUAAUGUUGUUUCUGUCAAUACCGGUAAGCUGCGACAAUGGUAUGGAGAGUAAUGUUCUGGCAAUUUAUAAUCUCAACAUUGGACUUGCUAGCACAACCCCACAGUUGAAUUCCAUAAGUUCAUAUUGGUUUAGUUAUCAUUAUGUACAAGAGGCAUUUACUUGUGAGAUCUAGUUCGGAAUGAUUUCUGACCAACCAAUAUAGUUGUUGCAAUUUCUUCUUAAUUUGCAUUUUUUUUGUGUCUAUCGCAGUGCUUCUAGUUGAGCCGAGAGUCCAGGUGCAUUCCUAGGUAUUUUGCUGAGUCAUACUGUGGGAUCCUCUGCCGAUCUAGUGAUACCGGUUUAUAGACGGUUUUACUCAAGGUGUAAUUUACAUUUACCUAUUUUCCCCGUUAAUUUUAAUCUUUCAACAUUUCGUCUAGUUGAUGGACCUUUGAAGCCAAUCAGUCGCAGUCUGCUAGUCUUUAUUUGUUGUCAUUAUUGCUGUGUAGCGUAAGUACACAUCCAAGGACACUUCCUUGUGGUACACCCGCCGAUAUGUUUUUCGAAUCAGUUAAUGCUUCUUCAUAAAUGACCCUGAAUUGACAUUCAGUCAGGUAAGAUUCGAACAGUGUGCAUCAAGUGUGUGGCAGCUGUUCACAUAGUUUUAUAAGUAAUCCUUCGUGUCAAACUUUAUCGAAAGCUUGUGCCAUGUCAAGAAAUACUCGGCAGCAAUACUUUUUCUCUUUAAGCGCUUUACUUAUUACAUUGGUGACAUGAUGGACCUAGUCACUUAUUGAGUGUUUAUUUAAAAAUCCAAACUGAUGUUACAGUAUAAGCUGUCUUUCUUCUAUCAACAAUCUUAAGCAUUUUAGAAGUAGUUUUUCGAGUAAUUUUGAGAUGCUUGGAAGAAGCUAAAUUGACCUAUAUGAAAUUACUUGUUCUGGUAGUUUUCCUGGUUUAAGUACCAUGAUCACUUGGGGCAUAUAAAAAUGUCUAGAAAAAUAUUCUCUACUUAAAUUUAUGUUUAAAAGAGGGGCUCCUAUUUGAAAAUCAUAAGUAUGUACCUAUUAAAGGUAUAAGGAGUAGGUGCAAAAAAUAAAAAUGAUUUUAAAAUAAAGCCUAGAUGCUUCCAUAAUGAUUAGAAAAAACAGAAAUCAAAUUCACAUAAAAUUCUGCGAUAAUUGCUGGUUAAUGAUAAAAAAAAAUCAUCCUGUAUACAUAUCAACGAUACAUUUCUUUCUUCUUAAUGAUUAUUUUAGUUUACAAGACACUAUAGUCAAUUGGUUGAGUAUAAAAUCAAAUAAUCAAAUGUAGUAUGCAAUUGAAUUUUUAUUUUUUUUUAAAUUUAAAUAAAUAGGUACCUGUCUACAUUACAAUAUAAUUUAUAUUUAUUUUUAACUAGAUCUAUGAGUUAUUAUACAGCAACUUUAUAUUUUUAAAUUUAAUUUAAAUAAAAAAAAACCGAAUAUAUUAUUUUAUGUAUACAUGUAGGCAGUAGAAACAUUGGUUGGUAAUUUAAACGCAGUAUGUAUAGUGAAAACAUCCGAUUUCUUUUCCAUUUCUUUAAAAUUAACUUGAUCGAAAAAACAGAGUUUAUAAAAUUGAAUAAUAUUACAGUUAAUACACAAUUCAUUAAUUGUAUAUCAAGGUGGUUGAAAUAUUAAAAUUCAAUAUAGAAAUUAAUAUUUUUAUUUUUCAUUAUAACUGUUUGCAAAUUUAAUUGAAGAUACUACAGUCUAUGAUUAUAAUGUUAGAAUUUUACCACUGCUAGCACUAAAAGGACACUGUAAGAAGGGUUCUUAUUUUUUAAUUCUGUGACUUGAAUUAUUCUAUGAUACUACUUGAUUAUAGAAUAAGCCAUAUAAUAUCAAAAUAUCAAUAAUCCUUAGAAUAGAUAGGUACCAAACAGUUUGUGUGUGUAAGGUAUAAUAUUCAUUAAACUGAAAUCGAAAUUUAAACAAUGAUAUUAUUUAUUAUAAUAUAUAAAAAAUCUAAAUUCAAACUUAGCAAUGAAUUGUACAAAUGAAUUUACCAAGUAGGUAGGUAUCCAGUUCAUUUGUGACAUGAUGCAUAGUAUAGGUUUCUACUUUAGGUACUUACCUACUUAAAUGUGAUUGAUUAAAUUAUCAAAUAAACUAUAAUAUGUGAUGAAUAAAACAAUACAAUUUACAAGUAAUAAUAUUAUAUUAAUGUUUAAAAUGUAAAACUGUUCAAAUGUUUAAUACCUAGGUAAUAUAAAUUUGAUUAAACUGCUGCUCUUAAAAAUACCUAUUAUAAUCUAACCAUUUAUCUUUCAAUGUAUUAAUAGGUAAUUAUUAUGUUUGUGUGCUCAUGUUCAAGGAAAGUAUUUGUUAGGUACUAUUAAAAUGUGAUAACUGAUGAAUAAUAAAGUUUUGAGAGUAUACAUUUUCCUAACUAUACGAUAUACAUACCUAUUCUCAAAACCAUAAAAUACCAUUUAGAAGACUGUAUUGAAAACAUUGACAAAAACCACAGAGUUUAAAAAUAAACAUUAGUUAUUGUAGACUGUAUAUUAUAAUUUUAAAAAGAUACCUACCUAUAUGGAUAGAUUUAUACCAGUAAAUUGUGGUGAUUGUAUGUAGUUUUUUUUAAAUAGCAAUCUACCUACUUACUAAUUCAGUUUUUUCUAUCUGAAUAUGUCAGUACAUUGAUAUUUGAUAUUAAUCAAUAAUUAUUUAUGUAAAACUGAUUAAAAAGUUUAGUUAGAUAAGAUAAAGAAAUAAAUAACUUUACACUAUUGUUACAAUCUAUUUUUCUGUAAUUCUAAAUGUUAAAUGGUUAUACAUUAACAAUUUAUUGGUUCAUUGUAUGAUAUAUGUAUUCAUCAAUAAUAGAAAUAAAAAUAUAUUCCGUAUUCAAAUAUUUACAAAAGAAGUUACUGUAUAAUAACUCAGAUCUAGUUAAAAAUAAAAAUAAAUUAUAUUGUAAUGUAGACAGGUACCUAUUUAUUUAAAUUAAAAUAAAAUAAAAAUUCAAUUGCAUACUACAUUUGAUUAAUUUUAGUACAGUAUAAUAAAAGUGUAGGAUCUAAAACAAACAAAAAAUAUGUUAUAUUCAAGAUUACCUAUUUUUUAAUAAAAACAUAUAUUUGUAGUUUAUUUUAAGAUUUACUAUUCGUGCAUAAUUUACUGAACAUUUAAUAUUAAUUUCUUGACUAAAUAUUUUUUUCUUCUUCCCUUUUACACUGCCUGUUAUACAUUAUAGCUGAAAACAUAAUUUCACUAAUACUAACAUAAAUUGUGUAAGCUAAUUAAAGUUACUUAUUAUUAACAGUAUAUUUUAUUUAGUUGUCAGAACUAUUUAGUAAUAUUUUUUGAUACUUAAUUUUAAUUUUACAAUAAAAUUUAUUUCUUCUGCUUGAAUAAAAUAAUUAAUAUUAGCAAAUUACAAACACUCAUUUAUUGAUUAGUGUUACCUUAUAGUUUUUAAAAAAAACCUAAAAAAUAUUUUUAUAUUGAAUGUUUUAAUUAUACAAUUUUACCAAAGUUAACUUAUUAUUCUGCACUCAUUUAAUAUUUUUCGUACAAUGUUUGUAAAAAGUAAUCAAAAAAAAAAUAUUAAUGGAGACUAACUAUUAUUAACAUAUUUUUUAGUGUCUGCGAUAUAUCUGCAAUGUGUCUGUGUAUACAAAUAUUAUGUUAUAUGAUUCAUAAAUAUUUUAUUGUUUCCUAAUAAUUUAUUAAAAAAGUUCUUAUUGUUGAUUAUUAUGUAUUAUUUACUUACAUGAUACAAAAAUAUAAUAUACUUUUAUAAAGGAUCAUUGAUAUGUAGCUAGAUAUACCAUUUAUUAGAAUAAAAUUAUGAAAAAUAAUAGGUAAUAAUUUUAAACCUCAUUAAAUAAUAUACAUUUUUUCAUAGAAAAUAUUCAAAAUGUAGAUUUAUUAUUUUUUCUUCGUUCAAAAUUGUGUCGGAAUCAUAACAACACAUUAUUUCAAAUUUUUGUUCAAGUUAUUGACGUUUAAACUUCCAAGUUUUCUGAUUAAAAACAAUGAUAAGAAAUUUACAAGUAGAUAAAUAGUUAAAAGGUAAAAUUAAUUAUUAUGUAUUAUUUACUCACAUGAUACAAAAAUAUANUCAGUUUAAAAAAAAAAAAAAAACACAAAUAUAUUAUGACAUACUUAUAUACAAUAACAAUAAUAAUAAAUAAUAAACAAAUUUUGUUAUAAAAUUAAAUAUUGUGCAUACAGCUAUAUAGGGCUAUUUUUUUUUUUAUCAUGAACCAGCUAUUAUCUAAGAGGAUUUUAGGUGAAUUUUAUUUCUGUUUUUACGCAAGUUAUAAUUUACAUUUACCUAUUUUCCCAGUUAAUUUUAAUCUUCCAACAUUUCGUCUAGUUGAUGGAUCUUUGAAGCCAAUCAGUCGCAGUCUGCUGGUCUUUAUUUGUUGUCAUUAUUGCUGUGUCAUCAGCAAACAUGGCUGUCUUUAUUACAAUUAUUUAUAUUUAAUUGAAUAAAUAGUGUAAUUGUGUAAUGAUUAUUUAAUUAGUAACUAGCAGAUGUUUUCAUAAUAUCUGAGAAAAUGUAAAAAAAAAUGAGAAAUUAAAAAAUAUAAUGCUUUUUAUUAUUUUAAAUUUUGUUAUUUGUUGCAAUUCAGUUAAAAAUAAUUGUAGAUAUUUGAAAUGUGAACAGAAAACUUAUAUUCGCCUAUUUUUACAUGGUAAAACUAUAAAAACAUUUGAGCCAUAUAUUUAAGCUAUUUAUAGACACUUCAAUUCUUAUUCUGUAGGUACUCUGUGGAUAAAAUUGUUAGGCAAAACAGAAAUGCUUGGAAAUUGAAUAAGAGUUUAUAAUUAUAAUUAAUUUUAUAAGUCCUACUUUGCAGUUAAGACAAAAAAAUUUAUUUUAAUAUAGUAUAUUUUUUUUCUAAGAAUUUUAAUACCAAAUUUUGAUAAAAAUUGUUUUAGUAAAAAAUGAUGUAAAACAAAUCUAAUUUCUACAGGUUCGUACAUAUUGUUUCUUUAUAAUCAUUUAUCUUAAUAUAAUAUGACUUGUGUAUUUUUGAAAAAGUAAUAGGUACUACUAACCGAGCUCUGCUCAGAAUCUUUUUUCAUUAGCAAUGAUUAAUUUUUGCUUACGGAUAUUAAUCUUUCUACAUCCUACCAACCAAGUUCAUAUCUACAAAAAUUGUACACCCAUAAAGCGAAUUAUGUUGCUAACCUAUCUUUUUUCUUAUCAAUCAUUAAUAUUGAUUUAAAUUGUUUCGCCCCUCCCCUCCAUAGUCUAUGUCUGGAGACGACCCAGAGAGCAGAGUACACUUUAUUGUACAUUACUUGAUUGUUACAUACAUAUGUAUUAAGUUAAACUAUGAUACACAAAAGCUAAUUAGACAAACUAUUAUAAAAAUUAUCUGUACUUAUAUUUAUGUGUAAAACCUGUAAAAAAAAGAUAAAAAAACUGCUAUUGAUAUAUUUUAUAUGUACCUACCUAAUAUAGGCGAAGACUCUACUAUAAAUAUAUAAAUUAGAUAUCUUGGAUAUUUUUUUAAAUUUAUUUCUAAUUUUUCUUCAAAAAAAUAUAAAAUAUGAUAACCAUAAUGCAAGGACUUUGUAACUACUCAAAAAAGAAAACUUAAAAAUAUUAAAUAAUACAAUUUAUUUUUCAAAUCUCCAUGGGAUACCCGUAGAUAAUGAUUUUUCUCCAGUUUAAAUAUUAAAUUGUUAUAUUUCAUAAACGGUAUUUUUGAUAGGGAGGUUACCAUUUGAAAGUUUAAAAAUUUUAAAGUUAGUAUAAAUAUGUACAAUACAAAUACUAAAGAUCACCAUUCCUACAUUAGAGGCAAUAGUAAUAAUAAUUAGGGCUGUAAAUUUAAUGCAAUGAAAACCCUUAAAAAUGCAAUAUAAAAUACACUUAAAUGGUUUUUAAUUUAAUUUUUAUAUUUAUUUUUAAAAUUGAACAGGAGGUUAAUUAUAGGUCAUACUUUGCAAUCAAAACAAAACAAUUUAACUUGAUAUAAAUUUUCUUCAUAAGAAUUUUAAUAUCAAAUUUUGAUGAAAAUUGUCUACUCAUUCGUAUGGACUGUUUUAAUCGAAAAUACACAUAAUAUCGGAACUUAAAAUGGCCAUUACUUCAAAAGUAAUGAUUUUCACCAAAACGUUUUUGCUCAAUCAUUUUUAAACCAUUAAAAAAUACAUAGGUUUCAAAAAAAUAUUUGAUAGAGGUGCUAAACUAGUUUUAUGCCAAUAGUUUAUACCAGCCAUACUCAACCUUUAUUUUUUACUUAGACCAUAUAGGUGGCUUCUUAAUUUUUUGAGAUAUGCAAGACAACAUAUUAAUUAAAGUGAUUAGAGAGAAAUAAAAAAUCCUAACCUAGCUCAACAUAUGAUAUUUAUCAUUGUAGAUAAUAUAUUUUAUUUGCGGAUUCACCCAAGCUUUAUAUAGAAUAGGACCUAGUUUUAUUAUUUUAAGACUUGAUGGGAGUAAUAUUAUGAUGAUGAUGAUGAUGAUGAUAAUAAUAAUGGCAGCUAAAAAUUAUUUUGUAUUGUUUUUAAAAAUAGUAACAGCAGUUUUUAUAUUAUGUGUUGCAGAACCAGAAGACCAUAGCCAGAAAAGUACAAAUUGUACAACAAAACAAAACAAACCUGAAAAAAAUAGUGAAGCAUCAACCUCAAUUGUUGCACUUCAUUCAAGACAUACCAGUGGAACCAAUGAAUCUAAUGACAUAGAUAGUAAAGAAGAGAUCCUAGAACAAAUUGAUAAUGGGAUUUCUGAAACUCUCCGUGAUACUGCAUUUUUAACAAUGUCAGCCAUAUUAAACGAUACUGAUCAUGAUGCUUUAUAUAAUUUUAUUCUUUCUGAUGAAAGAUCACUAAAAUACAUAUUAAGUGGUAAAGUACUGAAUCUUGAAACUGAAUUGACUGAUUGUCAAAAACAUAAUCCUUAUGAUCCAGAAGAAAUUGAUGAAAUUGUUGAUCACGUAAUUAUUUUUGGUGUACAUUUUUAUUUAGUAAAAUGGAAAAAUUGGUCUAAAGGUUUUUCUACAUGGGAAUGUUUUAAUGAGAUGCGUAAUUUACAACAUCUUUUGGGUGAUAAUGUAAAAGAUAAAACAAAUGAUUCAAAACACUUAAAAGAAAUAAAUGGAAUGCAUAUAAUAUUAUCCAGGAGAUUUGUUUCAAAGAUGUUUAAUUUAUUUAGAACUAAAGAUGGUCUAGCUUUGCCAACAAUUUCUACUGAAGAUCUAUCUGGUUUAUUUGAUAGAAUCAAUAUUGGUUCUGAAAUGAAACAAAUACCAUUUAAACUAAACUUGAAUUCAUACUUGGGUGUAAUUUCAUUAAAUUGUUUCCGGCAUCUUCAAUUACAGGAACUUAAACAGUGGGAGAUCACUAUAAAUGUAUUAUCAAAUAGUUAUAAUAUCAAAGUAGAAAAUAAUAAGGAUCUUGAAGGACCUCCUAAUACCAUUGUAUAUACCACUAGAUAUAUUCAUGGAGAAAAUGUCAACAUAUCAAAUGAUCUGGCUAUUGGUUGCAAGUGUACCUGUAAAAAUUGCACAAAAUGUUGUAAUGAUAAAAUUGACAAUUCCAGACCAUGUAUUUUUAAGGACUCUAGUUGCCCUGUUUUUGAAUGCAUUAAGAAUUGCAAAAGUACAACUGACAAUUAUAUUGAUGUUGUACAGUUAAGUACUACUCUAAGUAUUUCUAUUUAUAAGACAGAAAAAUGUGGUUGGGGUGUCAAGGCUUCCCGAUUCAUCAGACAAGGAGAGUUUAUUGCAAUCUACACAGGGAAAUUAAUUACAGUAGAAGAAUCUAAAACUAGAUUAAAAGAAGAUGCUUCUCUUUCAGAAUACAUGUGGAACUUAGACUUUGAUAAACGUAAUUAUGAUUAUAUUAUUGAUGGGUCAAAGUAUGCCAACUUCACACAUUUUAUUAAUCAUUCAUGCAAACCUAAUUUACAUUUUUGUACAGUAUGGAUAAAUUAUUUGGAUAAAUUUAUACCACAAUUGGCUCUAUUUGCAAGCAGAUGUAUUUUUAUUGGUAAACAGCUAACUGUAAAUUAUUUUUUGGGGAGCAAUGAAAAUAAAAUUAUGAAAAAAACUGGCAUUAGAUGUCAAUGUAAUAAGAAGAGUUGUAAAGGCUACUAUUUUUAA